AUGCAGGGCCCCCAUCGCGGCGGACGCGUCGAUCAUCGCUCGGGUGCGUCCCACCGCUCUCCCUCUCUCCUUCAACCCGCACCGACCGCUUCAGCACAGACCGGCUUCCGGGGCUACAAAGGCAAGGCAGUGCUCUACGCGUCCACGCUGAACACCGUCCUCGCCGCGCCGUCCAUCCUGCUCAUGGACACAGGCGCGCACACGAUCCAAGAGGCCGCCUGCGCGCCGUGCGGCACGUACCUCGGCUGGAAGAUCGUCCGCGCGCACGAGGCCUCCGAGAAGUGGAAGGAGGGCCGCUUCCUCCUUGAGCUCGCCCUCCUCGAGGAGGCCGCAGUCGACGAAGCCGAUUCCCCAACCCCCGUGCGCCUCCACCCCGCCACCCCAGUGAGCGAGCCGUCCACGCCGGUGCAUGAAGCCCCGGCGAGCGCGACGCUCCGCCCCCUGCCCCUUCCUAACGGCCUGCGCGACGGCUCUCACACUGAGAGGGCAGGAGCUAGAACUAGUAGAAGGCACUAA